AUGGAACCCAACAAAGUCCAGUCAGAGGGCGGCCUGAACGUGACCCUGACUAUACGACUGCUCAUGCAUGGCAAGGAGGUUGGCAGUAUCAUCGGAAAGAAAGGGGAAACUGUUAAGAAGAUGCGUGAAGAGAGCGGAGCACGCAUUAACAUCUCCGAGGGUAACUGUCCAGAGAGGAUCGUCACCAUCACAGGCCCCACAGACGCCAUCUUCAAGGCCUUUGCCAUGAUCGCCUACAAGUUUGAAGAGGAUAUCAUCAACUCCAUGAGCAACAGUCCAGCCACCAGUAAGCCCCCUGUCACCCUCCGUCUGGUGGUCCCAGCCAGCCAGUGUGGUUCCCUCAUUGGGAAGGGAGGGUCCAAGAUCAAAGAGAUGAGAGAGUCCACAGGGGCUCAGGUACAGGUGGCUGGUGACAUGCUCCCCAACUCCACCGAACGCGCUGUGACAAUCUCCGGGACACCAGAGGCCAUCAUCCAGUGUGUCAAACAGAUAUGUGUGGUCAUGCUGGAGUCCCCACCCAAAGGUGCCACCAUUCCCUACCGCCCAAAGCCCGCCUCCACCCCCGUCAUUUUUUCAGGUGGCCAGGUAAGAGCCGACCCGCUGGCAGCGUCUGCAGCCAACCUCAGCCUUUUACUGCAGCAUCAGCCACUGCCUGCCUACACAAUUCAGGGACAAUAUGCCAUUCCACACCCAGAUUUGACCAAGCUCCACCAGUUGGCUAUGCAGCAAACCCCCUUUACCCCCCUCGGACAGACCACCCCUGCUUUCCCUGGUCUGGAUGCCAGUCCCCAGGCCAGUACUCAUGAACUCACCAUUCCCAAUGAUUUAAUAGGCUGCAUUAUCGGGCGCCAGGGAACCAAAAUCAACGAGAUCCGGCAGAUGUCUGGGGCUCAGAUCAAAAUCGCUAACGCCAUGGAAGGAUCAUCAGAGCGCCAGAUCACUAUCACAGGAACCCCCGCCAACAUCAGCCUUGCCCAGUACCUCAUUAACGCAAGGCUGACGUCUGAGGUCACUGGAAUGGGCACACUCUAA